AUAACAACCAGAAAUUGUGAAAACAAACAAAAAUCUAAUUUUCAAAAGUUCUUGAAGUAAUGAUGUGCAGCUCCCAUGAAAAAAUAAACCAAAUCUGAGCGGCUUCAUUUUAAAUUUGCCCAAAAUAAUUACUUAAAACAACAAAUUAUGGACUCUCUGCUUCAGGUUUGUUACAUAAGAACCCUAAAGGCCUGAAUGUGCUUCAGCUGCAGCUUUAGGUUGAAGCGUUCAGUCAUGAUGUCUUCAUCAUGUAAACACCACGUGGACGUGUUAAACUCUGGAUGUUCAGCUGAUAAGUUUAAAACAUUACAUUUUCUUAAUUGCUGUGAAUAAUAACGUGUAAAUUCCUAAAUCCUCUGCCGAGAAUGUGUUUGGUGUCUCGUCUGACAGCUUUUACUGUAUUUAUUUUGUCACUUUUCCAACUUUGGGGCUUCAAGAAGGAUGUGAGACUCGGGGAGGUGUUUUCUCUCCUCGUCUGUUUCCCCUCCCCUUCGUUUCCACUCGCCUCGGCUUCAUUUCUCUCCUCUCCCUCGGAUCAGUUGCUGCAGUGAUGAACCGGCUGCCUGGGCUCCACUUCUCCUCCUCAUCCUCCUCCUCGUCCAGCAGGGACUCUGUCGGAGCCUCUGGGGGGAAAAGCCGAGCAGAUCACCAGCUGUAACCGACUCCUGGAGCUGGAUGUGAAGGGGACGGUCAUGAUCGACUGGCCCAAUGUGACAGCGUCCGGCUACCAGGAGCUGGACCUGAACUCCGAGGAGCUGCAGAAGUCCAAAUGUGUCCUGGGCUUCAUCCCCGUCAUCUACUACAGCGUCCUGCUCUGUGUGGGAGUUCCAGUAAACAUCCUGACAGCGGUGGCGUUGUCCAGGCUGGCGAGUCGCACCAAGAAGGCCCUCUAUUAUUACCUCCUGGCGGUGACGGGAUCAGACAUCCUCUCACAGCUCUUCAUCAUCUUCGUCGGCUUCCUGCUGGAGACGGCAGUGUUCCACCGGGAUGUCCCUGCACUCCUUCUGCACUCCAUCAGUGCCGCUGAGUUCGCCGCCAACCACGCCUCCAUCUGGUCCACCGUCCCCCUCACCGUGGACCGCUAUGUGGCACUGUGCCACCCGCUGCUCCACCGGCAGAUCAGCUACCCGGCUCGAGCCCGGAAGAUCAUCGCGGUGGUUCUGAUGUUAUCGCUCGCAUCGGGCGUUCCUUUCUUCUGGUGGUCGGACAUGUGGAGGAACAGCCACCCGCCCACGGCCCUGGACACCGUCCUCAUAUGGACACAUGUGACCAUCAUCUACUUCCUGCCCUGCAGCAUCUUUCUGGUGCUGAACUCUUUGAUAAUUCGCACCUUGAGGGCGAGGCAGGCGCUGCAGCGCUGCCAGGAGGACUGUGGGCUGAAGUCGGCGCCACCUCAACGGCUCGGUAAAACCACAGCGAUGCUGCUGGCCAUCACCUCGGUGUUCUCAGUGCUGUGGGCCCCCAGAACUGUGGUGGUCAUCUACCACCUUUACGUGUCCUCGGUGCACCGGGACUGGAGGAUCCACCUGGCCUACGACCUGUCCAACAUGCUGGCCAUGCUCAACACGGCCGUCAACUUCUUCCUGUACUGCUUCGUCAGCAAACCUUUCCGUGACGCCGUUCGGGACGUGGUGCUGCUGCGAGGCGGACCGCUGUAUCCUCGCCGAGCGCUGCCUCAGCACCAGGCGCCCACCAACGCCUCCAUGUCCUCCCUGUACAGUGGAAAAAACAAGCGCUGGCAACGGGAGUCCACCCCGCUGUCACCUCGCAGGGCCAGGAAGCCCUCGUGACCUCCUUUAAUCAUAACCAGCAGCCGUCCCACGGCCCCGGAGUUCUCCGACCCCAGAGACCAGCGCUUUGCUCCAGCAGCUCUCACAGGGCCUCAGAUGAACUGAACGUUUUCUGUCUGGUAAAAUGUGACCUGCUGUUGUUUGUCCUUGUAAAUCAGAUCAGAUGACAGGCAGCGGAUUUAUUUUCUUUGAAAAUAAAAGAAGUUAUUUUUCCCUUUUCCAUA